AUGUCUGAUGAUGACAAGGAAAGAGAACCUUGGCUCAAUUUCGACAGAGACUACACGUACGAUGAGCUUUUAACUCGUGUUAUCGACAUCAUGAGAGCUAAAAAUCCUGAUAUGGUUGCUGGUGAAAAGCGAAAAUUCGUUAUGAGACCACCUCAGGUUGUUCGUAUUGGUACAAAAAAGACUUCAUUUGUUAACUUUAUGGAUAUCUGCAAGUUUUUACAUCGACAACCCAAGCACUUGCUAGCAUUUCUUUUAGCCGAGUUAGGUACUAGUGGGUCAGUCGAUGGCAAUAACCAGCUUAUUAUUAAAGGGAGAUUUCAACAAAAACAGAUAGAAAAUGUAUUAAGAAGAUAUAUAAAGGAAUAUGUUACUUGUCAUACUUGUCGCUCUCCCGAUACUAUAAUACAAAAAGAAGCCAGACUAUACUUUUUAAAAUGUGAAAGGUGUAAUUCCGGUCGUUCUGUAGCAAGUAUUAAUUCUGGUUUCCAAGCUGUAACAGGCAAAAGAGCUGCUCUCAGACAAAAACAGCAGUAG